UACUUCUGUGAGUUAUCCUGAGGAAUCUUGUGAUCGGAGACCUUAAUUCAGACCAUGGAAUUCAUCAAACAUGCCUACUGUCGGGUUCGGGAUACUCGUUAUGUGGCCAAAGAUCAUUACCAAAGAUGGCAAUGCUACUUGGUUCCAGAGCUGAAGUUCAGACUCUUGGCUGCUUUGUUUGUCUUGAUGUUCUCCCAUGCAGAGGCAUAUGAUCCGUUGGAUCCUACUGGAAACAUAACAAUCAAAUGGGAUAUAAUGUCUUGGACGGCAGAUGGUUAUGUGGCUACGGUGACAAUAAACAACUUUCAACUGUACCGAGGCAUUGCCAGUCCCGGGUGGAUUCUAGGAUGGAAUUGGGCAAAGAAAGAGAUAAUCUGGUCGAUGGUAGGGGCUCAAGCCACAGAGCAAGGAGACUGCUCCAAGUUCAAAGGAAUUGUACCCCACUGCUGUAAGAGGAAUCCCAAAAUUUCUGACUUUCUCCCCGGAGUUCCUUACAAUCAACAGUUCUCAAAUUGUUGCAAAGGAGGUGUGUUGGCAUCAUGGGGACAGGAUCCCACAACUUCAGUCUCUGCCUUCCAGGUGAGUGUGGGACUUGCUGGUACAUCUAACAAAACAGUGAAGCUGCCAAAGAACUUCACUUUGCUUGGUCCUGGACCAGGCUACACUUGUGGCCCUGCCAAGAAGGUGCCAUCGACACUCUUCCUCACGGCCGAUCGGAGGCGGAGAACUCAAGCACUUAUGACAUGGAAUGUGACAUGCACAUAUUCUCAGUUCCUUGCCUAUAAGAAUCCCAGCUGUUGUGUUUCCUUUUCAUCCUUCUACAAUAACACAAUCACCCCUUGUCCAUCUUGUGCUUGUGGUUGUCAGAACAAGAAAAAUUGUAUCAUGAGCGACUCAAAACUACUACACCAGGCAGGGAUAAACACUCCUAAGAAGGAUAAUACACCAUUGCUGCAGUGCACGCAUCAUAUGUGCCCGAUACGUGUGCACUGGCAUGUGAAGCUCAACUACAAGGAUUAUUGGCGCGUGAAGAUUUCCAUCACUAACUUUAAUUACCGGUUGAACUACACUCAGUGGACUCUCGUGGCGCAACAUCCCAAUCUCAACAAUGUCACCCAAGUCUUCAGCUUUGAGUACAAGCCUCUUCUCCCCUAUGAAUCCAUAAAUGAUACUGGUAUGUUCUACGGCAUGAAGUUUUAUAAUGACCUGUUAAUGGAAGCUGGGCCACUAGGAAAUGUCCAGUCUGAAGUGCUGCUGCAGAAAGAUAAGAACACAUUUACAUUCAAGCACGGAUGGGCAUUUCCUCGGAAAGUUUACUUUAAUGGCGAUGAAUGCAUGCUUCCCCCACCUGACUCGUAUCCAUUUCUCUCAAACUCUGCUUUUGCAAAUCCAAUUGCAAUUUCUACAGUGGCAGCCUCUAUUUUCUUGCUAGGGUUGUCUUUGUGGUGA